AUGUGCUCGAAGGUUAUCUUCCUUGGGUUAUUUCUGGCAGUUUUCUUUUUAUUUUGCACCGAAGCACCCUUUGUUAAAAUGACAAACGUGGUCUGUGAUUCGUACAACAAAUCAUGGACCGUUUUCCAUUAUUGUCGACUGAAGGCCUAUUCGCGUAAUAAGACCAGCUUGCAUAUAAAUGCAACGUUUCUGCAUCCUGCCAACAAUAUAUCCCUCAGAUUGAAGAUGAUGAAACGGGCCAAUGGCUACAAGCCAUUUCUCUUUGAUUUCACUAUCGAUGCCUGCCAGUUUUUACGAAGGCGGAAUAACCCCGUCAUCAAGAUGUUCCAUAAUUUGAUUAGGGACGUGUCCACGCUAAACCAUUCCUGUCCUUAUGUGGGCUUGCAGGUGGUAAGCGAUUUUCAUCGUGUUGAACUGCCAGUUCCAUUUCCAUCCGGAGAUUAUGUCGUGCUAUUAGAUUUUAUAUUCGAUGGCAAGACGCAGUUCUUUGUAAACAUUUAUUCUCACUUGGUAGAGGAUUUUUAA